AUGGCUUCCCAGAGCCCGCACCGGCGCCGGAUGGGCGCUUCCCAGAGCCCGCACCGGCGAGUGGGCGCUUCCCAGAGCCCGCACCGGCUGGUGGGCGCUUCUCAGAGCCCGCACCGGCGCAUUCUUGCCGCGUCGGCGCUUCUCGCGCUGCUCCUCUUCUCUCCGCCCGUUCCCGCGCGUGCCGUUGGCGCCGCCGAACACGGCGGACACGACGGCGGGGAUCACGGGAUGGACUCGCAAGGCACAUUAACGUCGCGGGACGUGUCGAUUAGCAAAAAACGCGUGUUGCGGAAGAAGCUGAAGAAAUUUGUGGAUCCGCUGCCCGUUCCGCCGGUCGUCAACGCGGACCGGCUUUCAAAAGACUUCAGCCGAGCCGCUGCUCUCACCAUCACUGCGUUUAGCGUGAAACGGAGAUUCCACCGCGACCUGCCCCUAACCCGCGUGUACGCAUUCGGGCUCACGCGCAAGUCGGCCAGCGUGCCCGGGCCGACGAUCGUGGCGCGCGUCGGAGCUCCGCUGCACGUGACGUGGCAAAACAACAUCACGGACGAGCAGCAUAUCAUGCCCGUCGAUUACACGCUGAUGGCUCCUAAGCUCGAGAAGGGGGGCGUUCCUAUCACUGUCCAUGUGCAUGGUGCGCAGGUCUCGAGCUCCUACGACGGCCACCCUGAGGCUUGGUACACGCACUGGGGAGAGAAAGGUCCCGAGUUCGAAUCCAGCCAUCACCAUUAUCCCAACAUGCAGCCGCCCAGCACCCUGUGGUACCACGACCACACCUUGGGAAUGACGCGGCUCAACAUUGUUGCAGGGCUUUUUGGCGCGUACAUUCUGUCCAAUCCACAUGCAGAGAAAGAUUUUAACCUGCCCGUGGGCAGGUUUGACGUGCCGCUGCUGAUCCAGGAUAGGUCGUUUCUGUGGAACGGGCACACGUUUAUGGAGGGGAAGGGCGUGACGAAAUCGCAUCCUGAGUGGGUUCCCGAGUACUUCGGGAAUUUCAUGACUGUAAAUGGAAAGGUGACUCCCUACAUGGCAGUGCAGCGCCGCAAGUACCGCUUCCGUCUCGUCAACGGCUGCAACGCUCGUUUCCUAGAACUCGCCCUCCGGGCCUCGCCCCAUUACGUCAUGCAGUUCAACGUGGAGGGUGACCCCGUUGCAGACCCCUCUACAGUGCCGGGAAUGCUGAACUCUAUCCCGCAUCUCAACCUCGAAAACAUCGCCGCGACAAGGGAAAUUACCCUUACAGAGAUGGAGGACAAGGAGAGUGGCAAUCCUCUAAUGGGGAUGAUCGACAAUAAGCACUACAUCGAAAAAGUCGACAUAAGACCAACAUACGGGACUCAAGAACUAUGGUACCUAAUCAAUCUUACAGGAGACACACAUCCAAUUCACAUCCACUUCUCCCCACACCGCAUCCUCUUCCGCCGACCAUUUAACAGAGAGCACUACGGGGAGAAGAAAUGCAGCAUUCCUGAUGGGAGCUGUUACACUGGGCCGGCUGUUUCGCCCAGGAAGAAUGAGAGGGGAUUGAAGGACACCUCGAGGGCUCCUCCAGGGUAUGUGACUGCGCUGGUGGUGGAUUUUUCCCCGUGGAUGGGAAAGGAGCUGAGCUUCGAUCCCUCUAAGGGGCCGGGGUACAUGAUUCACUGCCACAUCUUGGAUCACGAGGACAAUGACAUGAUGCGCCCUUUCAAGAUUCUGCGAGCUGAGUAG